AUGCAAUCAGUGGUUCUGAUUUUAGAUGAUGAAGAUAGAGAGGAUCCAGUUGUUUGUCAAUAUAAAAAGAUAUGUGAAGAUCUAGGAAUUGUACCAAUAUCAUAUUUCAUACGUCAUAUUAAUGAUACUGAUAUUCAGAUGAAAUACCAUGGUUUAGAUUCAUCAGCAACUAAAGCUAUAUCUCUUAUAUUGAAGGAUGAUGUCCAUAUUGAAAAGAUUAAUCUUGAAGGAAAUUGGAUAAAGGCUGAAGGUGCUCGUUGUGUUGCUAAAAUGUUGGAAGAAAACGACUAUGUCACAGACCUGGGUUUAGGUGAUAACAAACUAGGUAAUGAUGGUGCUCGAUCAAUCUGUAAAAUUUUAGAAAUUAAUGGCAGUCUACGUAGUUUAGAUCUAUCGGGAAAUGAAAUAGAUGAUAAUUGUGCGGACUGUAUUUCCGGUACUAUCGAGAAUUGUAAAAAUUUAAAACAUUUGAAUUUAAGUCAUAAUCGGUUUGGUGAACCUGGUGGAGAGAAACUUGGGCCGGCAAUAGGUGCGAAUGACAGACUUGAUUCCCUUGAUCUAAGUUGGAAUCAUGUCCGGAAGGUUGGUGCUUGUGCAAUUGCUAAAGGUUUAAAAGAAAAUGUCGGCUUGAAAGUCUGUAAGUUAGCAUGGAAUGGUUUUGGUCCAGAAGGUGGAUGUGCUAUAGCUGAUGCUCUAGCUACAAACCAAUCGUUAACAGAACUAGACAUUAGUGGAAACAGACUAAAUUUAACUUCUGCUGAGAAGAUUUCCAAAGCAUUUAAAACCAACGAUACCUUGAAAGUAUUACGCAUGGGAAAUAACUUAAUCACAACUACUGGUGCUAUCUGUCUAGCUACUGCUAUUAACACAAAUGUUAAUUGUGAAUUAGAGCUUCUAGAUCUAACGGAUAUUCCAGUGGAAUAUGAAUUUUUAAGAAUAGUAGAAGAUAUCAAAGCUAAAAGAAAGGAGUUUCAAGUAAUACAUGGACCUAUAAUACGAUCUGGAAAUACUGGCCAUGAUUUAUCAAAGCCAGCUAUAGACCCUUACAAACGUAAAGAACCAGUGUUAAUAUUAGAUGGACAUAUUGUAGUUAAUGAUUUAAGAUUGAUUGAAAUACUCUCAAGAUAUGAUCCUACUGGUUGCUUUUCUGUUUCACCUGAAGACUUCAUUACAGCUUUGGACGAACUUGCAGUGCCAUAUGAUAAAUUAAAACUUCAAGACACAUUCGAGAAAAUUUCCAAAGAUCAAUCAGGCAGAAUUUAUUUGGGAGAUGCCCUACAGAAGAAAGAUAACGAGAAGACAGAUGAAACCUUUCCUGAGGAUAAAUCCUGACAUGUUCACACUAGAAUCGCUAAUAUCAUCUCUAAUAUAUGUGAUACUUGUAAUUUAGUCAUUGUAUUAUUAACAGUAUUAUUUAUAAAAAAUUGACACAUU